UAUUAAGCGAAGGGCGGCCGGGCGGCGAGCGAUGCACCGGGUUUGUUUACUGCCGCAGCUCCGAGGAGGCGCUACAGUAGUAUAUAGCCGGGGCUCCGGUUUUUUGCUGCGGCUGCUGCGUCGCCGAGGGAGGCUGGCGAUCCGGUGCUUCGCUUGCAGCUGGGCUUAAGCCGAUGUAAAAUACAAAAAACAGGAAGGGUGGGGAGGGGGAAUGUGCGAUCCCCCUAGAAUGGGACCGGCCAUUCGGGAAUACCCUCUCUUGCUGCGCGGGGAGAGCCAGCGGAGCGAAGCUCUCGUUUAUGAAAUCCACAAGGGAAAAAGAAUGGUAACUUCCAGUGGCGAAAGGAACCAUGCAGGAGCCAAAGAACUAAAAAAUCUUCCCCGUGCCAAGGAACUAAAAAACCAUCCGGGUGCCAAGGAACUAAAGAAGUCCCCACCCUGUGUAAAACCACCUCCCAGCAAAAUAGGGAAAAAUGUUUGCAUUCCUGUCGAAAAGAGUUCCUGUCAGGCCACAGAAAACAGACCAACAAAUAUGCACUACAAAGGAAAAAAACAACUUUAUGAAGGACAGCAGCCAAACAGAACAACCAACGUUUGCACGUCCUCGCUCAGAGCAGCACCAAGGUUAAAAAAGGAGCUUGUGCCGAGAAAGCCUUAUGAGACUGAAGAUAGCAAAAAUCUGUCUGUCUUUAAGUAUCCAUCAUGGAGUAAUUCCAGCAAAGGGGAAGAUGUGCUAAUUCAGAGCUUUUAUUGCAAACAAAAGGAGCAUUUAGGGAGAGACUCUGAAGAUCACCCAGCGGAAUCAGGGCCUUGUAGCCCUGUAUGUGAAGGCGCGUCUGCUGACGCCAUGUUUCUGGACUUUGCCUCUGUGCGAAUCAUGAAAGAAGAUUCUGAUGAAGACAGUGCCAGCGACCUUUCUGAUUCGGAGAGAAUUCCCAUUCCCCCUUCGCCUUGCACUCCGCCAGAGCUGAACCUCAGAGCGGAAGAGAUUGACCCCCUUUAUUUUGAACACCUCUUUGAUGCUAAAUUUAAGCAACCUGAUUAUUAUUACCCUGACUUCCUCCCACCCCCGUACAACACUUGGGACUUAAAAGGGCUCGCAGUGUUUGUCAACACAGAGUGUAAAUCGGAACCGGAAGCUCAGCCGGUCGGAUUUCUUGAGAAGUACAUCGACCGGCUUUUGGAACUGGAGUGGCUGCAGUUACAAACCAUAGAAGCCGAGAAAGGGAAGGCAGCCAGAGGUAGGCCUCAGACAGCUCCCGUUGGCCUUCGGACCUUAAAAAGUCCUGGCAAAAGCAAAUUGUUGCACAGUCCUUUACUGAACAAACCGCCGACUCCCCAUGAAAGCUUUCCAAGACUCCUCACUGGCCAUUCAGGCUCCCGACAAGAGUUGCAGAGGGAAAGAGGUAGCCAGAUUGUUCCUUGUGAGGGAAAGCUAAAAGCAGCUCGGGCAAAGAGUGGCCCAUCACCUCAUCAGAGGCGUUUGGGUGAAGGAAGGAAUGAGGCAAAACAGCGGCCUCCCAUCAAGCAGCAGCCUGUCAGCCGCUAUUCCUCUGACACCAGCUCUAUGAUCCAGGGAGCAGGCAACAUCAGACCGCUCAAGCAGCCUUCUGCUUUCCACAGUCCAGCUGUUCCUCUCAAGGGACUUCCAGCCCACACAGGCACAAAUCCCAAGAAGAAUGGCAAUGCAAACAGUUACCUUCCAUCCAAAAAAGCUUCAGGGGACAAGAAACUAAAAGCAAGUGGUGCAAAGCCGGCGUCUUGUAAAUUUAAGUAACUUUCCAGCAGGGAUUGUUAGGUUCAUUGCACUAGUGAGUGGAAGGUCCUUUUGAGUGUGGUACAGAAAGAGAGGAGGAUGCGGGUAGAUGCAGAGCUUAGAGAAGUUACUUCAGUUGCUUCUGAAAGUUGUUGCCUGAAAAAAAUAAUAAUAACAUUCCCAAACACUGGCUACUUAUGCAGAUGCCUACUCUGUACUGGCCUUCCCCCUUUCCAUGUUGUGAUUGGCAGCAAAAUCCUGAUUCACCCUUCCCAGAAAACAUAGUAUGGAAAGCUACGGAGCUCAUCCUGUCAUUGACUGCCAAUCCAAGGCCCUGCCCAAGAAAAACUUUGCUUUUCCAGGAUUCCCUGCAGUAGAACAUCAAGACAUGUUUAGAGCCCACGUGAUUCUGAGCUGUCUGUCUAUGUGUUUUUGUUUGUUUAUUUAUUUAUUCAGAAAACAUCUGCAGUGACUAGGUAAAUAACAAUAAUCCUUUUUCUGCCAGGGUAAAUUUUUGCAGUUUUUAUAGCUUAGAAAUGUGAUCCUAUGUGUUGAAGCAGAUGUCGCUGUGUCAGGAGACCAUGUUGGUUUACAGACUUACUUAAUUUUCUCAUCAUUCAUUCUUUUAUUUCAGCACAUACUAGCACUUUCAUAUUCAAUACUUGGGAGUUCCUCACCUUGUAGUGGUGUUUCCCAAUUACAGAAUAGGCUUGCAAUGUAUAUUUAUUUAUUUAUUAGCAUUUCUGGGCCACUUGUCGGCCAUAGACAAAGGCCCCCCUAAAGCUAUUUCUGAUACCUGUGUAUUCACAAAUACUUGAAGAGGAGUUAUUUUCUUUAUUGGAUAGACUCCCAAGUGGAAUGUUUCAGAACUCUUACUGUGGAGGAGAUCAAUGGAGGAGAAGGGCUUUUUUUAAAAAAAUUUUUGUCAGUUUGAUGGUGGAAACUAUGUGGCAUAGGGAAGUGUAGAUGCCUUUGAAGAUUUAUGCCACCUAGCUAAUCAGACAGAGGGAUGUAAAGGAGAGCAUGGUGAGUUGACGAAGAGGAUUCAGCAUUCAAAAUAAAUGCAGCAGUCACAUAAAGACUGUGACCUGCAGGAGGCCUUGCUAAGUAGCCACCAUUCAUAGUGGAUAACAGAUGCCAGGUGAGGGCUAACCUGUGACUCUACAACAUGCCUAAGAUCAAGCCAAAUUGCCCAAAGUUUCUGAGAUUUAAUUCCCCAGGAUGAUGCAUACAGAGCAAUGGCAGAAGGCAGUCUUCUCAUGACAGCAGCAUGUGAAGAGAUAUGCACUAUAGUUGUGUUGUGAAAACACUGGUUUACUACUAGUUGCUUCAAAGUGUGUUGUAAGAGUGACAUAAUCAGUUCAAAAUUCAUGGCCAGGUUGUUUGUGUGCCUUGAGUGAUCACGCCACCUGUUUCAUAAUAUUUUAUAUAAUAACAGCAAAAAAUAUUUUCUGUACGGUGAAGUGUCUUCCACUGUUCUUCCGUUAAGGAAUUGUUUGUUUUCUCACCCAGAAGGACGUUUAAGAGCAUACAGAUUCUUUAUUUAGUUUGUGUAUGAUGGAUUUCUUGCUGUACGGAAUGAGCAAGUAAAGAGAAUUAGGUCAACCCUUUUGCCCCAUUUAGCUGCUAAUUUACAAUUUCUGCUGUGCAAUUUGCAAACAUUUUGUUUUUCCAUCCAGAGCCUUAGCAGGUGUAAGAAUGACCCAGCAAGCUUUAUCUGUGCAAAGUCAAAGAUGUCUGCACAUAUUCCCAUCGCCUUAGGAGGACUGAAAGCUUUCUCCUUUGCAUGGACUCUUCACCAUUGUAGGGUUAUGAGAGGAUUUCCAGAUAUUGAUGCCCUCCGCGAAGGUAAGCGUAAAUCUAGAAGUGGCGUCUGCUGUAGAUUUUGCACAACAAUUGAACAAGAACACAGUUAAAAGCCUGCUUUGUUACCAAACUAGUCACACGCAAAAGAGAGCCAAUGUUGUCUGUUGGUCAGUGUGUUGGAUUAGGACUCGGGAGACACUGGUCCCACUCAGCCAUGGAAACUCAUAGGUGUUGGUGGCA